AUGUCCUACAGAGCUCCUUCAAGACAGCAACAACAACACCAACAACAGGCCCCAGGCUCGUAUACUGGUGGGUCUUCUACCAACAGUCUCACGUUGGUGCAAAAGCCUCUGAUGAACGAAAUCAAUGAUUCAAGGAAAAGACAAGCCAAGAGAGAUGAGGCCAUUAGAAGAAAGAUAGAAAACGACUUCUCUAAAAAGAGAAAAGAGAUUUCUGGCAGAGGCCUGAAGAAGUCUACCCGCCACAAGGCAAUUCCUGGGUCAGUUCUGUCUUUACGCCCCAACGAGCCAAUAUUAUGUAAAACCACCACCACUGUAUUAGAAGCAGCACGCUUGAUGGGGGCCAAAAGAGAAAACUGCAUUCUUGUCGUCGAUGAUAAGAACCGGUUGGUGGGGAUCAUAACUGCCAAAGAUUUAGCCUUCAGAGUGGUUGCCAGUGAAGAAGCUCCGUUCCAUCCAGUGGAAAAAUUCAUGACAAAAAAUCCUUUAUGUGUAACCGACGACACCCCUGCUGGUGAUACUUUGAAUUUGAUGGUCCAAAAAGGGUUUAGACAUUUGCCGAUUUUGGACUCAGAAGGUCAAAUCUCUGGGGUUUUGGAUAUCACCAAAUCAUAUCAAGAAGCCAUGGAAAAACUUGAAAGAAUGUACGAAUCUUCUAAGAAAUUGUACGAUGCUUUGGAUAAUGUCAAUCAAGAAAUCGGUAUGGGUCAGCAACCUUUCCAAGUGGUCAAGUAUUUUGAAAAUUUGAAAGAUUUGAUGGGAGGUCCAGUGUUGGAAAAUGUUUUAGAUGAAACAACUUUGCCAGUGUAUACCAAUGUCAAGUCAUCGGUGUUGGAAGCAGCUAAACUAAUGGAAGAAAAUAGAACCACAGCUGUUUUGGUCAAAGACUCUAAUAACGAAGAAGUUACUGGGAUCUUUACCUCCAAGGAUAUCGUCCUCAGAGUCAUUGCUAGUGGACUUAAUCCUUCUACUUGUAGUAUUGUUAGAGUCAUGACCCCACAACCAGAUUGUGCUACCAAGGACUUGACAAUUCAUGAGGCCUUGAGAAAAAUGUUCGAUGGACACUAUUUGAAUUUACCAGUUAUCGAGGAUAACGAAAUCAUUGGAAUUGUCGAAGUUUUGAAAUUAACUUAUGCCACGUUGAACCAACUCAAAGUGGUGAAAUCUAACGAAGAUAACGAAAAUCCUAUUUGGAAUAGAUUUUGGACCACAUUGGAUGACACUGAUUCUAUGCAUUCUGACUCGUUCUCUCAUCCAGAUAGUUCCACUAACCCAACCCAAUAUUCGCCAAUUUCUAAUCAUCAUCCACAUAACGAAUUGACCCGUCUUAAUAGUGAGGUUCGUCCAACCGAUUCGAUUUCCUGUGCCAACGAACGGGUUGGUUAUGAUGGGGGUAGUUCAGUCCACGAUGCUGACGAUGCGAGACAUUCAUUUAUAGAAUUCCAAACUGCAGAGCUCCCGUUCGGAUUCAAAUUCAAAUCUCCUACAGGAAGAGUUCAUAGAAUUACUGUCAAACCCAAAGAUGGUAUUUUGACCUUGAGAUCUUUAAUCAUGGAAAAACUUCAAGCACACGAAUUAAAGUUAUUACUGGGACCGGCACCGGUUGAUGAUAGUGACGAUGAUGAUGCGUGCUUUGAUGAUGAUGAUAGUGAAGUUGGGUUUGCACGGAAACUGACAGACCAGCAAUACAACAAACUGUCGAACUUUGCAAUUUCUUACCGUGAUGAUGAGGGUGAUUUAGUCGCCAUCACCACGGAUCAGGAUUUGACAGACUGUGUUUUAAUCAGCAAAAAGCUCAAGUUCAAUAAAGCUGACAUUUUCAUUCAUAAUCCAAGAGAAUCGAUUGAAAAUAUCCUUACAGUUUCCAAACCGUUGACUAAAAAUAUCCCAACGAGCAAAAAUAUUCAUAAUAAUUCCGAGCAUCACCAAAAGAAUCCAAAGAUCUUUUAUGCCCCUCCAAAGGAGGAAGAAUUUAUCCCUGGUGUUCCAAAUCAACUUUUGCUUCCUGGUGCUAUUGUUAGUUUAGCUAUUUCAAUUCUUGUGGUUUUCACAUUUAGUGGCAACAGACGUUAA